AUGUCUGUGAUGAGAAACAAAUGGAUACAUCCAUAGGAAAAAAAUCUAAUUGAAGUGUGAGAAUCCUGUCCUCCAUCCCCUAUAAUCUUAUUCUUCUAAUCUCACCAAAUCCAGACCAUUUUAUUAGCACCAUUGGGAAAUUAGUGGGCUUCCUUCCAGGACUUACUAAUGAUUUCCAAAUUUAUUUCCCCAAGGAUAACCUUUUUACUUGCAUUUCAAAUGCAUAUAUUUGUGUGGGGACUACACACAGAUGCUUUAAUUUCAAUAGAUCCAAAACCAAAUUCUUCUUUGUCUCCUGACCUAAAGAAAUUAGAUCCAAGUAUAUGACCUAAAUUUUUUAAGAAAAUACAAGCCCACUUUCAUUCAAAUGUCUGAAGAGCCUGGCAAGUUCUAGGCAUUGGGGAUAAAUCUAUAGACAAGAGAGACCCUUAUGCCUCUCAUAUUAGGAAGAACAUAUUUUUACAAUGACAUGUGGUGAAUGAUAUGCUAGGGAAGAAUCCCUAGCAUAAGGGAUAAAAGGGAGAAUAUCAAAAAAAGGUCCUGGGAGCAGGGAAUGGGGUGGGAACAAUUAAGAAUGCCUUCCUAGGGGAAUGACUUUUCUAAGACCUAAAGGGUUCAUAGGAGUUAGGUGAGGCAGGACAGAACAAGGAAGACCUUAAUUAAAAAAACAGAGCAGCCAGGACUCAGAGCUGGCCUGCUACAUUGGAAAUAAGAUAUAAAGGUGGUUUUCCAGGGCCCUAAAAUACUAGUCAGAGAAGAGUAGGGAUGCCCAACAGAGGAUUCCUAUGGCCAGGUCAGAUUUCUCUUUUUGAAAGCAGCUUCCAUUUCCAUCCACCCCUUCCCAUGCCCCACUGCAGAAGCAAGGUCCUGAGCCACAGGAGGAGAACAGGACAAGUUUGAAAACCAGCAGCUACAGCUUUGGCACCCAGUUAGUAGAAGACUUCUAUCAGCAUCCCAAAUGCUCCUGGAUUAAGCUCCUUUGUUCAUAGGAGAAUAAGAAUGGAGGCCAGAACUGCUGCAGUAAGGCUGAGGCCCAAGAGCAAAUGGCUAGACUGCUGGUUAAACUGCCAGCAGGGCAAGCCUUCAUGUUCUCCUCAUCACAGUUCUCUACCAGUAAAUCAGAGAAUAAACUGACUAUCCCUUCCCUUCUGGAGGGACAGUAAUUCAUGACCACACAGUAUAUGUGGGUGGAGGGUGAAGAAGAGACAAUAAAAUAAUCCAGGCUCUGUGGAAGCCACACUGUUGUAAUUCAAGAUAGCCAUCUCUGACCUUUGUGCCUACAGAGACAGGCAUGCAGUACAAACGAGGCAGAAUGCCUCCCACUGCCUGAUGACUUGACUAUUUUAUGUGGUCUCAGCAGAGUCUGGCAGCCACACCACCAGUGGCAUGAAUGAUUAAGCAGCCAAGAAAACAAGAAACAAAUAGGUAAUGUUUCAAGUGAUCUCUUACCAAGGGCCUAGGGUCUGAGUAUCAGGGGAAGAGAAACGUGAAGCCGUGAUCACUGUAGUCAUCACUUAAACCUGGGAAAGCCGAGCAGGUCUGACAUAUCAUGAUCAACUGCCAGGAAGAUGCCACUUUAUAUGGAAACAGGGAAAGUAAGGAGUGAGGGGAGAAGAAAGCAUCACCAGAGUAGGGUUCCUCACAUGCAAGCAUCUGUGUAUGGUCCCUCUGACUAUCUUACCUUUUACUAAUCUUUCUGCUGAUCAACUAUCCUGCAAACCUCAGGAUCUGCAUCUAUGUCCAAACUUAAUUUUCAUCUCAGUUCCUUUCAGCUCUCAAUUUCAUAGUACUGAAAAGCCUUAAAGGGGGAAAAAAUAUAAAAACAAAAACAAAGCCCUCUGAAGUUUGGAGGUAAUUAUAGAGAAACUUCAUUCAAAUCCUACAAAAUUCAAAACAUGUCCCCAUAAUCAAAAUAAAGGCCAUUCAUUAUAGGCUGUGUUUUCAUCAAGAGAUAAGGCUGUUUGUGAUAAGCGUAUGAAUGCUUAUUUCUAAGGUACCCACUCCUAAAAUUCAUUGAUGUCACACAGGAUCUUAACCUCUUUCUCUGUAGGUUGAGGAUAGAAAGUGAAACUUCCUUGCUAGUAGGACUAGUCCUGUGUUUGGGGAGGAGGGGAAGAGGCAAAGUAGUCUAUUGUCUCAAUAGAGAUUAGAAAGUCUGAUAUACAAAGAAACACAAAUCAUUGUUUUUGGACAAAAUCUCAAGUUGUUUAUUUGUCUGUUUAAAGUUUUUAAACAUCCAGACAGUAGUCACACAGAUCUGCACUUUAACAUCUUUAAAGCCUUAGGUGCUUAAGGUCAAAGUUUCCUUUCACACUUGUGGUUGAAGCCCAGAGAAUUAGGCAAUUCACACCAAUAGAAAUACUGACAGAAACGCUGCCUAGGCAGAAACAGGAAGUGGGAUCCAAACCUAGGUGUGGGUCAGGAGGAGGAUGGAACUCUGAGUGCCCGCACAUCAAACCCAUGCCACUGCCCUGUGCUGUCACCUUCCAAGAAAGGUUGUAAGACCAUGUCCAAUAUGGAGAAACACCUGUUUAACUUGAAAUUUGCUGCUAAAGAGCUUAAUGGGAAUGCCAAGAAAUGUGAUAAAGAAGAAAAGGCUGAAAAGGGCAAGAUUAAAAAGGCCAUUCAGAAAAGCAAUACAGAAGUUGCAAAAAUACCUGUUGAAAAUGCAGUCUGCCAGAAGAAUCAAGCAAAUAAUUUCUUGAGAAUGAGCGCUAAGGUGGGUACUGUGGCAGCCAGAGUUCAAAGUGCAGUAACAAUGGGCAAGGUAAUCAAGUCCAUGGCAGGUGUGGUUAAGUUUAUGGAUGCUACACUGAGGAGUAUGAACCUUAAGAAGAUUUCUGCCCUGAUGGAUAAAUUUGAACACCAGUUUGAUACACUGGAUGUUCAAACACAACAAAUGGAAGACACAAUGAGUAGUACUACUAUCCUAACAACACCACAAAACCAAGUGACUAUGCUGCUUCAAGAAAUAGCAAGUGAAGGUGGCCUUGAUCUCAGUCUGGAAUGACCACAGGAUCAGACGGGAUCUGUUGGCACCAGUGCUGCUUCCACGGAACAGGAUGAACUAUCACAGAGACUUGCUUGUCUAUGUGAUCAAGUAUAAUUUAAAGAACUGGUGCUUUUGUUUACCUCAUGUACUUCUGUUUACUACAUCUACUUAUCUAUAUGUGUAUAUAGAUAAGUUGCACUCUGUUACACUAAGAACACUAUAUGUUACAGAAUACUUGAACACUAUUUAUAUAACCCUUUCUUUUGCCAUGCUGUACUUUCCAAUACUUCAAGAAAUUCCAGAGAAUUUCCACCUUGACAGAUUUUACAGUUUGUAUAUUAUGUUGAAAAGCUGGCAUUAGUUUGUUGUAUAUGAAACAUCUUCCUCAAAAAUUGCAUCACAAAUCUAACAACAAAAUACUACAGAAGAAAGUAUAGAAUAAAGCUUUUGGUUUCUUUUUAAUUCAAAAAAAAAAGAAAGAAAGAAAUGCUACUGUGCUGGUUGGAAAACAGUGACUGCUUGAGCAUGAGAUUUCCUCCUGUCACCACAUCUGCCCUCCCCACAAUUCAGCCACUGAAGGUGCCCAUGCCACACUGAUAAAAUAUUUACCACCUUCAACUCCACCACUGGAGAAAGCUGAUCAAAACACAAAAAAACAAGCCUUACAUGGGGCCUUUGGGGUCCCAAAACUAUUUGUUUUCUUUGCCAUUUUGUAGAGAGACAAUUCAACUAGGCAUCAAGAGGGCUGUGUUCUGGUCCAGCUCCAGGACUAUGUCUGUCUAGUCCACACCCUGGUGUUCUGCUCGUCUCAAAAUCUGGGCUGAGAUCAGUUAUUUGAGCAAGAUUCCAUCACUGCUAUGGGAUGAGGAUGCCUGGUAGUUGAAACACAGGGCCUAACUAGGAAGGAUCUUUAUAUUUAAGUAUACUGUUUCCUAAUUCUUCAGCCCCCCACCUCCAUCUUCUGCUUCCUGAGAAAAUCCAGGGAUGAGACCCCUAUGGUAGAUAGACAUAAAACUAGGGAAGAUCUAUAGAUUUCUUAUGAUCUCAUCACAGAAAUCUAAAGCCAGAGUCCAUUAAAUUUUCAGCAGGAUUUAUUCCCAAGUUCCGAGAGCCAAAAUAAAAUACUGGAAAUGAAAGAAAGCUAUACCCAUUACUGAGCUCUGGGGAAAAAAGUUAUUUCUGGGAACAAAGUCACUUGUUUAUGGAAAAGACAACAAAGUGCUUACUGGUGGACAGGAAUACUCAGGGAUGAGUGCCAAGAGGUUUUUAAAAACUCAAUCUAAAUUACUAAUUAUACCUUUAAAUCCCACCUUUUACCAAAAGAAUUAUAUUAUUGCUACUAGGAUAGAGAAUAACAUGCUCAUGGUCAAG